AUGCCUCGUAAUUUAAAAACGCUUACUAUUGCAGAGAAACAAAUGGUUUUUAAAGUAGUGAAAAGUGGAAGGAAGAAGAAGGAACUCGCCGAAGAAUUUGGAAUACCAGACAAAACUGCACUUUUUUACAAAUGUAUGCCAGAUAAAACUUUAACAUUCAAAAAUGAGAAACGUAACGGUAGUAAGCAUAGCAAAGAACGACUCACACUAUUAUUGGCUGUUAACAUGACUGACUAUUGCUCGGCUCAUAAUAUUAUACCAACUUGUCAAGCUGUAAAAGUAAAAUUUUUAUCGCCAAAUACCACUUCAAAAUUGCAACCUUUGGAUCAAGGAAUUAUUAAAACGUUCACAACACUGUAUAAAAAAGAAAUAGUAAGGAAAAUUAUAAGUGAUAUGGAUGACGAAAAAUCUACAGCAGUCGAUAUUCUUCAAGCUAUGCGCAUUGUUGAUAAAAUUUGGAGAAACGUAACAACGACAACAAUCGUGAACUGCUUUAGAUCGUGUGGAUUUGUACUUGAAGCUGAGAAAGACGGCACUUAA